CUGUCUGUCAAAAGGAACGCAGGCUUCCUUUCGUGCGCGGAUUGUUUUCCUUUCCUCUGGCUUUAUUCGACUACGUUUUUCGGAUUGUUCAACAUCUGCAUCAGAAUUAAAAAUUGAAAAACUUCCGACGUUUUCCGAUCCGAGCAUCUUGUAGGACUUGUGGACCACCGUUGUGGUCUGCCCUUUCGUUUUUCGUGCUCAUCAGUGAGUGGUUGAUAUCAGCGUUGAUUGUUUCCUUCCGAAUCGAAAGUGGCAAGAAAGCAAAGAAAAAUCUGCAAUUUGCACUUGCAUCGUGCAUUUUUGCAGGACAGGAGCAUUGUGUUGAGGAGCCAGGUUAGCUCUGCUCGAGGUGAGGACGAGUUUUGCGAAUAAAAAUCCUUCGGGUUGAAUCCUGAAGCUCAAUCUACGAGAGGACCAAAAGCGCACAGAUAACAAAAAAGCAAAUGGAUGCGUUAAUUGACGAAGUUGAAUCGCUGGAAGCGAUUCUGAUGGACGAUGUUACGAUUAUCCGGAACAGUAGCGGCGUUCCGGAGAUGAUCGAAACGACAGUGUUUCCCACAGUCGGCGAAGAAUUGGACAGUCAGUACGUGUGCAUAACCUUACAGGUGCUUCCGGGUCCCGCUUACCCGGAUGUCAAACCGGCCAUAAAGUUAAAAAACCCUCGAGGUCUCGAUGAUAACAUUAUCAACAACAUCGAGGCGGCGGUGCGGCAAAAACUAGACGAAUCCGUGGGCCAACCAGUGGUCUUCGAUUUGAUCGACAUCAUUCGGGAGCACUUGACUGAGAGUAACCUCCCUUCGGGGCAGUGCGUGAUCUGUUUGUACGGCUUCCAAGAGGGGGACGCCUUCACUAAAACGGCAUGCUAUCACUAUCUGCACAGUCAUUGCCUGGCGUGCCAUUUGAAUGCUUCGAAGCGAAACUACGACGAUGAGCUGGCCAAAAUGCCAGUGUGGAAGCAGAAAGAAACCAAACCUUAUCAGGCACAGUGUCCGGUUUGUAGGGAACCUAUCGAGGUCGAAGUGGAACCACUGUCCAAAUGCAGACCACCGAGUGAGCUGAUCAAUGCGCCCAAGUUUCGUGUCACCGAUGAGCUCAAAACGUUGCAAGCACAAAUGAGUCGACUGUAUUUGCACCAGAAGAGCAGGGGCGGAAUCAUCGAUCUGGACGCCGAGGAGGGUAACGUGAUUGCCAUCGAAACAGAGGGUGCCAACAGUGAGGCACCAAAAGGUGCAAACGAAGUACCACAGGUAAACACUCUGGCAGAAACUCUACCGGUAUCGCAAGUGCAUAAGCAAAACAGCGCAUCGGCGGUUAAUAGUCAAACAUUCGCACAACACGAUCGCGGAAACUCGUCUAGACAUUUCGGGGCUGGCCCCGGAGGGAGUCGAAAUCAUCAUCAGGGUAACCAUCGAACGAAUCGUGCUCCUCAGAAUGGACCAGGAGCAACUGUGGAGGUCGUUGAGGCUUCUCAGUCUCAGCAGAACAAUUCUCACCAUCAUCAUAGGGGAGGUGGUGGUCAUCGUCAUCGCCGAGGUGGUCAUCAUCAUCAUCAUCGCCAUCAUGGCGGCGGAGGUCAUCAUCAUAGAGGUGACGGCGGAAGUUCAACUGCAACCAAUGCCAAUACAGGAACCAGUCAGAAGAACAUGAACAAUCCCUGCGCAUCCGGUGCUAGGUGACAAUUGUUGCCCCCAGAAAUCGAACAGUGGACCCAUAGUGCACUGAAGCUGCAGCAGCAGCACCAUAGGUCGUCGCUAAUGCUCCUGGAUCGAGCAGCGCGUCUGCUGGAUGACGACACUUUACCGCGGCGGCAACGAUUGCUGAUUUAACACUUGGCCCAGCAAGGUAAGCUCGUACAAAAUCAUUCGCUCGAUAGGAUCGAUGUGGCAAAAUACGCAAUUACCGGAGCACUUGCUCCUCUACUAUCCGCUCUAAGUAGCACUAUCAUCACCCAGAAACCCGGCAAUGGUUAUCAUGAAAAUGGUAUUCGUAGCAGUAGAUGUAGCACCAUUAGUAAUAGUCAAUCAAAUUGCGUAACGCUGUCUCAAGCGCAACCCCAAACGUGUAAACCCAUUCGACUGAUUAGAGUAUCAUACUUUUUUCCUAGCGUGCCAAUGGCGGUGAAGCAGGAGAUGUUUGUCGUGGUGCCGUUGUUGGCACUGCUGCUGGAAGUUCUGAUAAGUUCGGUUCGAAUCUGUUGUCCCAGCCGACGAUGGAGGCUGUGCAUCCCCCCAAGUGCUACUACAGCACUGCUUUGUGAUAGGUAUUUUGCAAUGAUAUUAGGUGUAUUAUGUAUCUGAUUUAUCAGGGUAAUGCGUGUCUGUGUUGGAUUUCGUUGAAAUUGUGUGUUGUUUUACAUUUCACGACUAGUGCCAUUGAUUGAGAUAACUAAAGAUUGUUUGAUUUGAUAAUUCUAUUGACUUGCAAGGCUGGUAGCAGGUCUCUUUUUAGAGACUUGGUCACUAUUUGAAUGUAAGUUUCCGAAAAAUUUCUAUUUUCAAUGAUAGGUCUCUAAAGUUUGUCUCCUACACUGAGGAAAAAUAAAUUCCAAAUUCCAAGCAAAAUGGUCUUGAAAGUCACUUAUUAUUCAUUAUUUAGGUGGCUUUUUGCUCUUCGCGAGUUCGUCAUACUUAAAAGUCACUUUUUCUCGCUUCUCCAAUGAUUUUUUCCUCCAAAAAACCUCAGUCAUUUUCCAAAGUAUAUGCAAAACUACUGUUUUGGCACCUUCGUAACCUACGAACAGUGUUUUAAUGAUUAUGAUGAAAUCUUGUAUUGAACGUGAAAGGUGUCUCCCACUUUCUUUCUUACACAAUGAAGAAUCUUGAAUCCAAAACUAUACAGCUUUUUGGCUGAUCAUUACUCAAGUUAUCGGUUUGAGUCCAUCAGGGGUGAUAGCAGGUCUCUUUUUGAGAGACUUGGUCUCUUUUUCAAUGCAAGUCUCUAAAAGUAUCUAUGUGUAAUAUAAGGCCUCACUGUUUUUUAACCAAAAUGGUAUCUUGAGUCACUAUUUUCCUUCUCCUUGUAGUGAAUUCUGAUACAAAAUACUCAACCAUGAA